AUGGGUCGUCGCCGCCACGGGGGGCGUGCGAUCGGCCCGAGGUUAUCUAGAGUCACCAAAGCCGCCGGCGCCCGCCCCCCGGCCGGGGCCGGGAGGAGGCGGACCGGGAUCAACCAGGUAGGGGGAAGCGAGCGCGACGACGAGGAGCCGGGCGUGCCGGUGGGGGGGGUGGGGGUGGGGAGAGGCAGACCCCCGCGAGGCGAGGGAGCCGAGAGAGGAGGGGGGCCGGGAAGGGCGCUCGCCGGGCCGGGAGACCCGACCGCCCCGGCCCCGCCCGCGGCGAGGACGCCCGACCGCGCGACCCACCCUCGGGGUCCGCGAGGGUCGCGGCGCGUCGCCGCCACCGCGCGGGAGGCACGAGGGGGGGGCGGGGUGGUGCGGCGGGGAGGAGGGCGGCGGGCCGCCCUGCUCUCUCCCUCCUCCAUCCCGCCCGGCCCGGGCCACACCGGGGACGGCCGACGCGCGCCCUCGGCGUCCGUCCGUCCACCCGCCCCAGAGCGGGGCGGGGGACGCCGGGCGGCGAGGACGCGGCGACCGGCCCGCGGCGGGGCAAGACCGGGGACCCGUCCCGCGCUCGGGCGAGCGCACCGGGGCGGGGGCGCCCCCUCGUCCGGCACGCGACGGCGGCGGCGGCGGCGGCGGCGACACGGGCGACGGAUCGGGGCCGCGGCGGGCCCGGGAAGCGAGGCACACCGGGGCACGCGGCCCCGGGGAGCAGCAGACGGCGAGGGGACCGAGGCGGACGGACGGGCGGAGAGGGGCACCGACGGGAUGCGGCCACGCGGGGCCGACACCGCGCAACCGGCGGCGGGGGUGGGGUGGCCGCGCGCCACCGCGAGGGGAACGGCCCAAAGCGAGCCGGGGAGGGGACGCGAGUCGGCCGCCGGGGCCCACCGCGGGAUCUCACCGCCACAGGCCCUCCCGGCACAGGGGCGGUCCCGCGGCGCCACCCGCGACGAAGGACUGGCGCCCCCACCCUCGCGGGGCUCGCGGCCACCGCCACCGCCACCCCCGGAGCCGCAGCCGGCCCGGGGAGAACACUCUCCCGCCGCACACCGGCGGCCCCCCCCCACGGCCCUCACCGCGCGCGGGGCUCCCCCGCCCCGCCCCCCUCGCUCAGGGCUUUCCGAGGGCACUGCACCGCUCCGCCCGGGGACGCCACCGGCCCGGCAGGGGCCGGGGGACGACACCCACGUGAAGGCGAGGCGAGGCCGGCUCGGGCCCGGGCAGGGGACGGGAACGCGGGCGGUCGCACGCGCGGGACGAGGAGAGGCGAGGCCGGCGGCGGCGGGGAGGGGCCGGCGAGCACGCACGGCGGGGGCCGCGGGACAGGGACGCGGGCGCCGUCCGGGGACCGGAGGAAAAAGACCGGGCCACGCGGCCGGGCCCCCAGGAACACCAGCGCGGGAUCCCACCGCCACCCGCACGCGAGGGCGGUCCCGCGACGCCCGGGGCGCCGGCCGGCCCCGGCCAUCCCCGGAGCGUGGCCCGCGACCCGGCCCCGCCGCCAGGGCCGGCGAGCCGUCCACCCGUCUUCCGCCAUCCAUCCGCCACAGAUCCGUCUUCCGUCUGAGUCUGAACCCCGAGGCGCGACCACCCGGGGACGACGCUCUCGAGCGAGGCGGCCCGGACCGUGACCGCACGCCGCCACCGGCUGCGGCUCAGGGGGCGAGGGCGGGCGCGACGGGCUCCCCCUCACCAACGGCCGCGGGGCCGGGGAAGCCGAGGCCGACCGGGCGUCGCGCCCCGACACGGCCCCCCCCUUCCCCCAGGGCUCACCCCACGGGGGCCGGCCGCACGCACACGGCCCCCCACCUGCCGGACGCCCGGCGGGGCCCAGCGGGACCCUCCCCCGACUCGGAGGGGGGAGGCGCGGGCCGCGGUAGGCAACGAGCGGCACGCGGCCCCACCGCGGGGCCGGCGCACCCGACUCCCUCCCCUCCCGCGGAGGGCGGGGGAGUCCUGCUCUGCCCACGUGCUCCGGCAGUCGCCACGGUGGCCACUGCUGCGCUCGGGAGGGGCGGCGGCUGGGGGGUCCGGUACCCCAAGGCUCCCUCUCGGAUCGCUAGAGAAGGCGUUCUCACCGAGGGCGCGCCGUCCCUCCCCCGGACCGUCUCGCCUUCGGGCUCACGGAGGCGCUCCACGAGCCGCCCGGCCUCAGCCGGGCGGGAGGGGUCUGCGGUACAGGGAAGCGGACCACCACAGCAGGAGCGUGUGCGCGACAGCCACGCUCGGGACACACACGCCACCGUGGCGGGACCCGAGGGGGACGCCGGGUUGAGGGAAACGACACCACCGCUCGGCCUCAGGCACCUGAGGGACGACCUGGAGCGCUCCAGGGGCACCACCGAGGGUCACACGAGGCCACGCUCGCACACCCGCGUGGGGCGCGCAGCGCGGCAGCGGCGGCACAGCCCUCCCCGCCACAGGGAGGGCCGCUCGCCGGGCACACGCCGAGGAGGCGAAGCGGGAGCAAUCUGCCGUGUCAGAAGACCAACGGCCCCACUGGACGCCCCGAGGCAGGGACGGGAGACCGAAGAUCAGGGCCAGAGGCCACACCCAACCCCUGCCUUCCUCACCCUCCCUGACGGGCAGCGGGGGGGAAGACAAGCGAGGGGCCCCGCGGACAGACCGAGAAGAGCGGACACGUUCACCGGGAACGCCCGUCCCUCGUCCGGCACGGUUUCGGCUCGGCCCGGGAGAACACGACCACACCACAUCGAUCCGUGGAGCCGAGGUGGAGCAGGGGGAGGCACGGCGAGGACAGUCACCAGAGGGGCCCGCUUUCAGCCUCGCCGGCAGCCUCCAUCCCCCCCCCACCUCGCCUCAGGCGAGAGCGGCCAACGACCCCGAGAGGAGAACACCUGA